AUGAAAGCACACCGUGUCCGCUACUAUGUACGGCUACCUCGGGGACACCUGGCUCGGGAGGCGUUUGAAGAGGCUAUGGCACUGGACGCGAUGGGGAAGGGCAACUGGGUAGCAGACUUGCGAGCUGUGAUUUCGGAGCUGCCCUACUCGACGUCAUUUCCGGACGCCCAGUCGGUGCGGGAUGAGCAGAUAUGGUUGGAUCUGACAAAGGACAUCCGGACAGGGGCUGACAAAUGGCUACACACGCUCCUCGAGGACAACGAACUGCUAUACCUGCUACACGGGAGGAAGGAGCGAGUGGGAUCGGGUGAAGUUAGAGUGGUGCGACGGUCUUUUGCGGGGGUACCUCAGAAUCGGGAAUCGAGACCACCGUGUGGCGCUCACCAAACUACUGGUCGCAAACCACACCCUUCGCUCGGUAACUGGUCGGCGGAAGAGACACCCGAACACGUCCUAUUGGAAUGUCGUGGGGUCGCUGAGGUGAUCACCCAGAGACAGAGGGUGCGACAGCUGCUAAUGAACGUCUUGAAGCCAGACGAUAUGGAACGCAUCCGAAGCGUGGGGAGCAGGGGCACCGACCAACUGCGCAUUCUCAUCAGCAUCGACAAGGCCAGCGUGAUAGUGGCACCCUUUGCGUACAAGGUCAUGAAGACGGUUCGACAGGUAGCAUCGUAA